AUGGUUUAUAGUAAAAAGCUUAGUGGAGCAGAAAACCGAAAACGCUCACAUGCAAAAAGUGAAGCUCAAGCCAAAAUUAUUUCAAAAACUGCUAAAUUACAAACAUAUUUUAGGUGCCCAGAUAGACAGCCUAACCAAAUUGAAAAUGAAGUAAAUAAUACAAGUAAAAUUGAUCAUAGCGGUACUGUUAAGGAAGAUAAUCUAUCUAAUCCAGACGAUCUAAUUUUAUCAAAUAACAGCAGUACCGAACCUAGUAAAACUAAAUUGUCUACAGAAUCUAAAGAAAUAAAUAAUACACCAACACCAUGUUUGUCCAUGCACGAAGAUAAUAGUCUUCUUAAAAAAUGUAUCAUUCCUGAAAAUGACCCUGCAAAUUGGAUGAAAAAUCAAGAAACGAUAGAUUAUUUAUCAAUAAAUGGAUUCAAUCAAAAUUUGGAGAACAAUAAUUUCCAUAAAUCAAAAAGAACUUAUAAUCGAAUAAUUGGUGGUGUUAGACAUACUCGUUUUCGAUAUUUGUCAAAAAGUUUUUUUGUAUCUACUCUUGUUAAUGGUGAAAAAAUUAAAAGAACAUUUUUGGUUUACUCAGAGAGUAAAGGAUCAAUAUUUUGUGCACCCUGCUACUUAUUUGGUGGUACUACAUCGUUUGCCACAGUUAGCUUUUCAGAUUGGAAAAAAAGGAGAAGAAAAAAUUAA